AAUCCUAUAAAAGCCUCACUCUACCUUUGAGGCAUUAGAAAUGGGGAAGAAGAGAAAAUCCAUCGCCACCAGCCUCGACGAGGUCGAUCGAACCAUGUACGCUUCCUUCUGCACCGCCGCAAAUUCCCUCUCCCACCUCUACACACAAGCCAUGAACCACCAAAAACUCUCCUUCCAAGCUGGCGAACGCCACUCCCUCGACAAACUCUAUCAGUGGAUCUGGAGACAGCAAGAGGGUGGAUCACGAGUUGCAACCCUUGAUAUACUUAACUACAUUCAGAAUGAACUGGAUUACGGUGGAGAAGAGCCGUCCAUGUCCCCUAGAGCUCCAUUGCAACAUCAACAGUCACAACCACUAAUGCAUGUCACUGGUUCAGGAUUUCCUGUAACAUCGGGAUUUUCUGGCCAAACAAUUAUUGGGCAGGGAAUCCGAUCUGACCACUGUGAAAAUCAAUCGAAGAAUUCUGUGUUUUCAAAUGCUUUGUCAAGCCCUGUUCGUCGCAGUCUUCAGCAUUAUCAAAUUGGUGAGGGAGGGAACCACCCAAGUGGUCUCUCCAUUGGCAAUGGAAACCGGAACAUUGAACCCGGCUUUCUUCAUCAGCAAAGCAGAGACUCUGCCACAUUCAGUUCUAAUGAUUCUGCCAUGGACAUGCAUGCAGACUAGUCCUGCCCAUUGUUAUAUCCAAUGAAUAUUUUUGUUUGACCAUCCUUCUACAUUACCUGCAAAAGAAGUGAAUAACUAAUGGAAGGCCAUAUCUGGUUUUGCUCAUUGCAUCCUACAACAAAUAGCAGCAGCAGGGUUGAACCACUUGUAUUAACUUAUUGAAAUGCUUAUUUCAUCGGAGUGAUAGUUUGGAUCUUAAAUGUUCUUUGUAAAGUAUUUUGUUGAAAUAGUUUAAAGGCAUUUAAAUUUGUACCUUGAUUGUCUCCCUCACUCCUCUUUCUCAAAGACAACUUUUUCAAUGUAGGGAUUGCUUCUAUCUGAAGUUUCCUAUGUAUAUCUGUCCUCUUCGUAGAUUCUAUAUGCGGCAAUUUACAACUUCAGGCAUCUUUUGU